GACAUGUAUUGGUGACAUUGUUGGCUAUGAGUUGCUGCUUCGCAAGUGAUGCACAUAGGGCAUUGUAGGUAUAAGUGGUCAUGUUUGUCAUUUCGGGAGUGAUUUUUAAUCAUCACAAAGGUCUGCCAUUGUAUUUAACUUUCGAGUUCAUUGACCAAUAUAACGCUCAUUGUAGUUGUUCCGGUGGUUCCUUUAGUGUUAUGGCAACUAUCAUUGUAAGAUUAAUUCUCGUGUAUUCAUAAUUCGCGAUCCCCAUCGCAAUCGCAAUCUCUGCGGUUUACUACCUAGGAAGUUGCAGGCCUUGAAAUUAUAUGGGGGACACGUGAAUGUCACGUGCCUUACCCGGUGAACACUGCAAAGUGAGAAAGAAGAGCCGUUGUGCGUAAACAGUCUCCUCUCCACUUCUUCGUCCGAUCCGAACCAAGGGAGAAGACGCCAUUGCAGCUUGCUUCACACCUUGAAACCCCAUUCUUCUCCUCUUUCCCUCUAUUUCUCUCCGGUUCCGGUUUUCGAGCUUUUUCUCUAUUAUUCAUCUCUCUCUCUAUUCUCUGUCUUUCACGUUUUGGAGAAGACCUAAGCCCCAUCAUCUGCUCUCUGGUCAUUCGGCAAGAAGAAGGCUUACAGCAGGUCUCCAUCACGUCCAAGACGCCUGCAAUCUAUUUGAUCCGUGGAGACACACAUAGGAGGGAAAAACUCGCUCCCUAGCUUCGUUUUCCCUUCCUUUUUACGACCGAGAAUGCCAGGGAGUGGGCUUUUCAAAUGUUGAGUAAUGUAGCUUGGUGGGAAGCAUUCAUGGAGUCCAGAGAAUGGGUGGGACGCUGGUUUAUCAAGGCAGGCUAACUUGGCUGCACCUUGGAAGGCCAUCAACAACACUCUUCCUCAAUUUCUCCGGUUUGUCAGGCAUAACCAACUCUGGCACUGAAUCAUCUGUAACGGCUGGUGGUCCCCUCUGUCUUCUAACGAACCGGCAUGAAAUGAGUGGCUUCUCUCUGGAUCCAUUGUGGGCUGCUGGGCCUGGGCUCGAGUGGACUGGAAUGGGAUGGAUUGACCUUGCCAGUGCUCGACAUUCCAUGGGUUUAUCACGUGUCACUAGUGCGUUGUUUGACCUCAAAUCACACUCUGCUGCAACCACAUUGCAUGUGUCUCAACAAGAUGGUGAUUCUUCUCUGCUAACUGAUGCCAUGGUAGAACAACCACAUUUUGUUCUCUACAAAUGGUCAUCUUCAGACAGUGGAAAAUGUUUCUCAGGGGAAAUAGAGAUUGAUAAACAGGAGAUGCAGCAGUCUAGUAGUUCUGAGCUACGACAUCGAGGUUCAUCCCUACAUUCUGAACUGCAGGAGGAAUACUCAGCAAGGUCCACACCUUCUCCCAAAGUUGAAGAUCAAGUACAAAAGGAGCGUUUCAAAUCACUAUCAGUAUUUGGAACUUUGGUUUCUCCAAAGCUCCGAGCUGCCCAACUUUCAUUCGAGACAGCACUGGAGACACUUAUAAAAAUUGCAAAUAUGCGGUCUGCGAUGCUCUCUGCUUUUGCUCAAGUACAGAAACAUAUUGAGGCUACCACAAAAUGACAAACUUGUUCAGGCAUACUUUGUCCUUCCUCAUUCCUGAUUAUGAAUCUACACUUAUUUAUAAAGGUGUGGGACCUAUGCAGCCAGGAUCCUGGUUUCACAAAAACAAUUUGAUGAAUAUCGGUUGGACAAGAUGUGACAAAGCACAUUUCACCUCAUGAUUGCUUUAUCCUUCCUCAUUCCUUGUGCUUGUUUCUCUCAUCAAUCUUUCGAAGAAUCUUAACUAGAUAUCUUUGAUUCCUGCCAACUGAAAUACCUAUGUAAUUGAUCACUAUAAAAGAGGUUGGAUGCAUCUUUCAACGUUUUUUUUGUCUUCUUUCUCAGUGAUAAAAAUUUAAUAUUGAAUUCGAAACUCCAUCAAUAAACUACUCAGACAUGCAAAUUUGAGAAUUUGGUGUUA